AUGACUGCAUCAACUCCCGCCUCGCCACUCAAGCGGCACAGGCUGCUUGCGCCGUCCGCUGCGGUUCUGGUCAGUCCACUCUGUCUAGGUGGCAUGAAUUUUGGCGAUGCCUGGAAGUCCGCGCUUGGUGAGUGCGACAUGACAACAACAUUUGAGAUACUCGAUACCUUUUACGCCGCUGGAGGCAAUUUUAUCGACACGUCCAACAACUACCAAGCAGAACAAAGCGAGGCCUGGAUCGGGGAAUGGUUGAGUCAACAACCAGACCGGCGCGACGAAAUUGUCAUCGCCACCAAAUAUGCGGAAGACUGGAAGACUCAUUCUGGCCCUUCCCUACAGCAAUCGAACUACGGCGGGAAUUCUGCAAAGUCAUUACACAUUUCUGUGCAGGCAUCCUUGAAGAAGCUCCAAACGACAUACAUCGACCUGUUAUAUGUGCACUUCUGGGAUUACACAGCAAUGGUAGAAGAGGUGAUGAGCAGCCUCAAUGUCCUCGUUACCCAGGGAAAAGUCCUGUACCUGGGGAUAUGCAAUACUCCGGCUUGGGUGGUAGUGAAGUGCAAUGCCUUCGCAAGGUCUCACGGUAUGCGAGGGUUCAGUGUGUACCAAGGCCGAUGGAGUGCUGCUGAUCGAGAUCUCGAGCGCGAGAUUGUGCCCAUGUGUAUGUCCGAGGGCAUGGGCAUCGCGCCUUGGGGCGUGCUUGGAGGUGGUUAUUUCAAGAAUCCUGAGGAUACCGACCGUCAGCCAGAUGGACGCAACCUCGAGUCUCUAAGUGUGGGACGAGAGAGCAGCAUCUCUCUCGUACUUCACAGGAUCGCUCAGUCCCGGCAAGUGCCUUUGACUUCGAUUGCCCUUGCCUACAUAAUGCAUAAGGCGCCGUACGUCUUCCCCAUAGUUGGCGGCCGGAAAGUGUCACAUUUGAAGGCCAAUAUCAGUGCUCUAGGGAUCGCUCUCUCGGACGCCGAGAUGGAGGAAAUUGAGGGCGCGUACGACUUCGACAUUGGCUUUCCGCACAAUCUCAUGUCUGGGCCUAAGCCGCCAAAGAAUCCCGGUGACAAUCUUUUGACACAGAUCCGUGGUCAAUUCGACUUUGUGGAGGGUCCCAGAGCAAUCAAGCCUGCGCUGUGA